UUCCUAUGUACCAGCCACUUUCUAAUGCAGUCUGUCGUUAUUCGCAACCCUAUUGACUCCGUGUCGUAGGCUGGCGCUUUCAUUCCUUAAUAUCCACCUACGUUCGCUGCUAGUUGUCACUCGUUUUAUCUUUCAUUUUUUAUCUUUUCUACCAGCUAUUAUCUGCUAUUAGAGAGGACACGGGGGCGUCGCCAUGGCGGUUAGUCCGCUGGAUGUUCCGAAUAGAGGCCCCGAAUUCGUCAAAGUAACCGCCGUUUUGACAUGCAUUGCGUUCGUCCUGGUGGUCUGUCGCCUGACAUGGAAGGGCUAUGUUCAAGGCCGAUUCGCCGUAGACGAUGGGAUCAUUGCAUUCUCAAUGGGUAUGCAAAUCGUCAACACUGUUAUGGGUGAUUUAGCCUGCCACUACGCCUUUGGCCGACACAAAGCCGAUAUCGUCAGAACGGGCGGUAACGUCGUCCUUGCUCUGAAGUAUUUCUGGCUCUUCCAGAUCUUCUACAAACUUGUCCUAUGCCUCAACAAACUUUCCUUUCUCACCUUCUACCUCCGGGUCUUUCCCAACCGCAUCUUCCGCAUAAUCUGUUGGAUUACCAUCGCUCUCGUCCUCGCUAGCACCUUCGGCUUCGUCAUAGCCACCAUUUUCCAAUGCCUCCCCGUUCGCGCCAGCUGGUAUAAGCACAUACCCAAGAAGUGUGUUCAGAAUGCCCCAUUUCGUUGGUCCUGGGCGGGCUAUAAUACGGCAAUGGACAUUUGGGUGUGUCUGAUGCCACUGCCGGUGUUGGCGCAGCUACAGCUUGAUCGGAUCAGGAAAAUCGGAGUCAUACUGGUGUUCUGUAUGGGGUUGUUUGUCUGUGUGACGAGUAUCAUUCGCAUGUGGGCGAUGGAGAAAAGUACGACCACUACGGAUCAGACUUGGGGGUCGUUUGAUGCGUUGUUGUGGAGUGCCAUUGAGGCCAGCACGGGAAUCAUCUGUGCUUGCUUGCCGUUCCUAAAACACCCCAUUCAGAAGGUCUUGCCUGGUCUAUUUGGGUCAUUGUCGAAUGGAUCCAGGAAGAGUCGGAGUCGGACGAGGCCGAGCUAUCGGAUGAGUCGAUUGGGGUCGCGGUCGGGGAAUGGCACGCGGGAUGUUGAUGCUGAUAUUGGCGGAGAUGGAGAUGAUACAGAGAGCAUUGGAAGCCAGGGGCCUAUUGCGAAGAACCAGAUUAUCGUGAAGACGGGCAUUUCCAUGCACAGUGAAGCGGCAUAUCCAUGAGACUCGUGGAUUGCCAGGUGCUGGUAUUGACACGUCCGAGUCCUUAUACACACAAAGCGUACUUGGUUGUCAUUGUCUUGUUCAUCACCCAGACCAUUGGUUUCACUCUUAUUAGCUUCAUCUAAUGCUGACCCUCGCUCUUGGCACCGGCUGAGCUGCAGCCACAGUCCAUCUUGUGGUCCGGAGGUUGUCCGGAGGUUUUCCGGUCCUCCGUUAGUGGGGACUUAGCCUGCCCCUCGGCCAUCCCUAGCGUCCACUAGCCCUGAAGGCUUAUAUCGACGGGUCAAUGGCCAGCGCCAAGAGACCAGGACAAUCCUAGUCAGUGGAGAU